UUCGGCACCGCAUCGGCAGCCCUUCGUGCACCGCCUUGGAGCCCCUCCUCUUUGCGUGCGGCGAGAAGUUGAGUUUCAGCCCGAGCAGAAGAGCCGUGGGGUUUUUCACGCAGCUUGAUGGUGUUUUGUUUUGUUUUGUUUUGUUUCCUCGCGUGGUUGUUUGUCUGUUUUUCAGGUUGUCCCUUCGAUGUUGGCAGGAUUUGCUGAGGUGGGCGCUGCCCUGCGAGGCUCCGUGUGCCAGCCAGAAUGAUUGAGGAGAGUGGGAAGAGGAGGAGGACAAUGGCGGAGAAGAGACAGCUGUUCAUGGAAAUGAGAGCCCAGAACUUUGAUGUCAUCAGACUUUCAACGUAUCGAACAGCCUGCAAGCUGCGGUUUGUGCAGAAGCGAUGUAACCUUCAUCUUGUUGAUAUCUGGAAUAUGAUUGAAGCCUUCCGAGAUAAUGGCCUUAACACUUUGGAUCAUAACACAGAGAUCAACGUGUCUCGACUAGAAACAAUCAUUUCAUCCAUCUACUACCAGCUCAACAAACGCCUUCCUUCUACUCACCAAAUCAGUGUAGAGCAAUCCAUCAGCCUUCUCCUCAACUUCAUGAUAGCAGCAUAUGACAGCGAGGGCCAUGGGAAGCUGACGGUGUUUUCAGUGAAAGCAAUGUUAGCAACAAUGUGUGGUGGCAAAAUACUGGACAAACUAAGAUAUAUUUUCUCUCAAAUAUCAGAUUCAAACGGACUAAUGAUAUUUUCCAAGUUUGAUCAGUUUUUGAAAGAAGUUCUAAAACUUCCAACUGCUGUGUUUGAGGGACCUUCUUUUGGAUACACAGAGCAUUCUGUACGGACGUGCUUCCCACAACAAAAAAAGAUCAUGCUGAACAUGUUUUUAGACACAUUGAUGGCUGAUCCACCUCCUCAGUGCCUUGUGUGGCUGCCUCUCAUGCACAGACUUGCCCAUGUUGAAAAUGUCUUCCAUCCUGUGGAGUGUUCCUAUUGCCGGUGUGAGAGCAUGAUGGGGUUCCGGUACCGGUGCCAACAGUGCCACAACUAUCAGCUCUGCCAAAACUGCUUUUGGCGUGGCCAUGCCAGUGGGCCUCACAGCAACCAGCACCAGAUGAAGGAGCAUUCCUCUUGGAAAUCGCCUGCGAAGAAGCUGAGCCAUGCAAUCAGUAAAUCACUUGGCUGUGUACCAAGCAGAGAACCACCUCGUCCUGUGUUUCCUGAGCACCCAGAGAAGCCACUUGAUCUUGCACAUAUAGUUCCCCCUCGACCUCUGACUAACAUGAAUGACGCCAUGGUGACCCACAUGUCCUCCGGAGCACCGACACCAACAAAGAGGAGUGAUUUUCUUCUAUUGAAAUAGAUGCCACUACAUGAGUGUGACUGAAGAAAUAUCCAAACAUUGCUAAAGAAAUGUUUGUUGUUGUUAUUAAAUAGAGCAUUACUUUCAAAGCUGUUCUGAGGAGGACUGGUCUUGUAUCAUAGGCUGCACUGCUCACAAAGCAGAGUAAUUCUGCUUGAGACAUUUCAUGUAAUAAGUUUACUUUAUUACCUUUGUUAACACGUUCUCUGCAUCAACCCAAGUUCUUUUGAGUUGUCCAUAUCUACUGAAAGCAUUUAGGUAGAGCUAAAGUUGGGUUAUACUUAUUUUUAUUUAUGUAAAUUAUUGCAUGAAUGCUCACUUGUAAACAUGCAGAAACGUUGAAUCAUGGAUUUGCACUUUUCUUUCUUGUCAAGUUAGGGGAAAAUAGCAAGGUGUUCUGCUGAAGAUUUCACUGGCCCAAAGCUGUAAAUGAAUAAAUGUUCCCUUCAGGGAAUGAGAAACAAAACUGAAAAAAAUGUUCUCACAUUUCAGUGACAAAAUGUCACUUAAGAGGCAAGCCAAACCCCUCACUUUUAGCAGCCCAAGAAGGCUUAAGCACAGAUCCACAUAAUUUCCUUCCAGUUUCCAAGACAAAUGAAGUGAGUUGUAUGUGCAGUUUUGAAGUGGCUGUGUUAAAAUUCUAAAACCGUCUUGAGUCCCUCAGUUGGGUGACUACAAACUCUAUCCAGUGUGUGGUACGUUCUGUGACUUGAAAUUUGCUUUUUGCUGAAUUAGAAGUGAAGAGGCUGAGUCUGAAUAUUAAUGUAGGCUGUCUUUCAACAACACAACCAUGACACUUUUUACAAGCAAUCUCCUGGUCAAGGCCUUCAGUAUUUACAUUUAGGCUCUGUUUGGGCUUCACAUCUUCCCAGUACAUGGCUGUUUUCUGUGCUGGUCUGUGGGCACAGCAGAUGCCAUUUCUUCUCAUGGAAGCCUGCAGUCCCGUUAACAAUUUGUUCCUGUGCAACCCUGGAAAUGUUCAAGAACUGUGGAGAUGUGGGAGUUGAAGGCAUGGUUCGGUGAGCAUGGUGGGGAUGGGCUGCCAGUUAGACUUGGUGAUCUUGGAGGCCUUUUCCAACCUUUAUGGUUUUGUGGGCUGUGACAUGGUAGAAUCAUCAGCUCAGACACACUUCAGCUUUGAACAUUUUUGUUUUUAUAAAGGAGCAAGGUCUCUGUUGCUGCCUGCUGUCCAAGGUCAGGUAGAUCAAAGAUAAUUCAAAAAUAAAAACUUUGAGAAUCAGAAUGGUUUGAACAUAGACAGCAUGCCAUCUGCCUCUACACACCCUGCCAUCGCCAACUACCAGGACUUGCUUAAAGUGUUUCUCACAAGAAUUGGUUAUUUGCUGACUUGGGCCUUGAAUGCAUGUAGCACAGUGAGCGAGGCACCAAGGUGGAUGUUAACAGAAACAUGGCCAGUAGGUAAUAGCUGUUGGGACAGGUCCUUGGCACGGUUGUUGCUGCUAUUACAACAGACUGGUUGAUUGAAUACAGUGGGUAUUUUGAGAAACACACAAGUAACUGUAGCUGACUUCCCAUUUAAAGGUGUGGAGCUUUGGAUAAUGGAUAAAAAUCCCUCUGUGAUUCAAGGGUUGCACUGAGACCUUUCAAGAUGAAGACCUCUCUUGCACAUAUCCUUUACAGAUCCCAUGCUCAGGAAAGGCUAAGAAAAGAUACGGGAAUAAACACCAAAGAAACUCCCAGAUUCCAUGGAAUGAUGGUUAUUGUCAUCCUUUGUCCACAGCUUGCUCUUUCUGAGAGGCAAGACAUUUGCUGAAGUGCAGAAGGGCAUUAUGCCAGUCCAGAGGCAAUUGUGAGAAAACCAUAAAUCAUUUUCAAGCAUCAUCUUCUGUCAGGCAUUGUGAGAGCUCACAGGCAGCAAAUAUUUGGUAGCUGCCAUCUUCUGUGAUUGCCAUAGCCAUUUUAAUACCUUCCUUUUUACCAAGAUCCCAUCUCAUCCUUCUUCAAGGAUUCUCACUUUCAGAAUUAUGGGUUACUUCAUCUAGCAGGUUCUGCAGGAGUCCAUGGGAAGAGGCUUCUUCUCCCUGUACUUACUUAUUCCAAAGAAUGAGUGAGGGUAUUUAUCUUUUCCUAAACCUGGGGGGAAAAGCAGUAGCAAUGUUUGCCUCCAUCAUUUCAGCUUUUUAGGCCCUCAGCACAGUGCUCCAUAACCACUCCACAACCCCUGGGGAUCUACCUGAGACUUGCAGUGGGACCAAAACCCAUCUCACAUCAGGUAUUGACAUUCAUCCUCUGCUAUGCCUUUGUUCUUUGCAAAACUGUGGUGGCUCUGUACACCUGUCCGAGUCUAAUCAGGGUUGGGUUGGUUAUCAUCACAUCAUAAUGAGGAAAGAAGGUCUUCACCAGAGCUUCUCUGCUUGUUCAGAUGAGGAUCUGUGAGGAAUGAUCAGUGGAAGCCAAUUCAGACUGUAUCUGAAUUGUAUCCAAACCAUUUCCAUCUCUGCAAGGCUUCUGCAUAACCUCGGCAUGCAGCCAGUUAAACUAGAUGGCUGCAGAUCUGGGGGCCUUAGCGUCACAGCUGAAACACUUGGCUCUUGCUUCAGCUUGAAAAAGACUCCGUGCUCAUCUCAGCAUAUGCUCAUCCAUAUAUGGUAUAAUAUUUCUGAUAUUUGGGAGUUCCAAUGCACUGGGUGAACCAUAGAGUACAUUGGAGCAUCCAUUCGUUUAUCAUCUGGUUAGUCAGAGACUUUGUAUUCUCCUUUUCUGUAAACCUGGAACGUGUAACAGGUGUUUACAGUUAGUAACAGAGUGAGCGAAGGCAGGAUAAAUGUUUUUUUUUCCCUUUGGAAAUUUCUUCUAUUUCUGUUCUGUAGUUCACAUAUGUCUGAUUCCAAUGUGGGCAUGGUGGUGAUGAGUUGGUGGUUGGACUUGAUGAUCUUGGAGGUCUUUUCCAACCUUCGUGAUUCUGUGAACGUUUUCCCUAGGAUUUAUUACAGUUCCUGUUGUUUAGAUUAAUCCCUGAUGUGAGGCUACAUCACCAACUGAAUUCAGGGUCUCAUUUCUCCAGCUGCAGACACUGUCACAUCUUGGCAGCAUGAAGUGAACACAUCGGGGCACUGAGACUGCUUGGUGCAAGCUGAGUGCCAUUCUUAGCUGAAUUUUAAUGUGCUCAGUAGAAGUCCAUGCUGAUAAAUGUAUGAAUAUAGUUUUAAAAACCUUUUUCCUGUGCUUCCUACUAAUAUUCUUAAUAAGAGUUUAGUCAUAAUUGUGAUUUGUACUAAAUUAUUAGUGAAAAACUGCCUCAUUAGAGUUUUAAUCCACUUGUGGCAGAUGCCACCAUGGCAUAAUGGAAGUAGAAAUGUCCUUUUGUUAUUUCAUGGAAACAAUUUCAGUGUGACAGCUGCUUUGUUGGGAAGAAGGCUGAGCUGAAAGAGCAGGAUUUUAAUGCCUGAACUUGCUUUUUUAUGAACUAAAAAUUGAAACGCAAACAAACCAAAGCAGCCCUCCUCAAAUGCUGCUCUCACCCGGCGCGCAUCUCAGGGAGCCUUUAUCUCUUCCACCCUCCUCAUCCUCUGCUUUCAAUGGGAAAGCAUCCAGAGGGGCAGCAAUUUCUGCCAAUCCCAGGAUUUCUGUAUCUGUAUUUUGCAAAGAGCUUUCUGUAGUUGGUAACAUACUGCAGACAGAAUGAGGUCAGAGAAAGUUUGUCCUAGUAAGAGGGAAGUUCUGGGAGCGGAAUAGUAGUGAUGGUCACUUGCAGCUUUGGAUCAUUUUCACAUUUAGGUAUGUAAUAUUUAAUAUUACCAUUUGGCUAUUUUUCAUCUCUCAGAAUGUAAAUUUCCAAAUUCAAAUCAGUGGUUUAACGGCAUGUUUACAUUUGAUAGCAUUGUCUUAAAUGUGGGAAGGAAACAUUCACAAAGGGAAAAUUUGAAUGCAACCUUGCCUAUAUCUGUGACCUAUGAUACAACAAAAGUCAGUGUUUCUCUGAUCCUCACAGCCAGUGAACCGUUCUAAAUAAAUGAAAGGAUUACGCCUCCUCUGUAAGAUGAGGCCAAGCCUGCAAAAUAUGUUAUAUUUUUUUGCUGAUUUAUUUUGUAUUAUUUUAGGAAUAGAUUAUUUCUGCUGUGGUCCAUGUGCACUGUUCUUCCAUCAGCAGUUCCCUUCCCAGAGGCCGCCAGCCCUCAGCCCGUUUAACGAUGUGCAUUGGAUGUUCUGCAGUCUCUUCUCCUAGGAUCGCUGCCUACCUGCUCUUUGUGGUCCCUCGCUCUCUUCCUGCCUUUAUUUUGUUUGUCCUUGUUUAUCUUCACUGUCUCCGGUGCCACUGAUUAUCCUGUCCUUCAGUGCCUGCAUGACUGGGCACUUUCCAGCUUUUUGGUCAGACCUCCAGAAACCUUCCUGUGCUGUCAGUUCUGCGUUGAUGUAUUUUAUAUCUGUGUCAUUGACGCUGUCCCUUGUUGUUUGUGUUUUUUAGUUCUGUAACCCAGAGUGAUGUUUAUUUGCUUGGCUAGCUUAAUUUAUCUUCUGACAACUU